CUACAGCAGCCCUGGUGAAGAGUGCUCAGCAAAGGCUGGACUGUCUGCGUAUCCUUAAGGAACCACCAACUGAAUGGAAAAUGGCUGUGCUAUAGAGAGCAUCGUAACCAACUGCAUCUGUGCAUGUUUGGUAACUACAUAGAGGCAGACUGCGCUCCUUCCUGCUGCCGAGAGCAAUGGGUGGCGAUGAUGAGCUAAAUCUCUUAGUCAUAGUAGUGGACGCUAAUCCGAUCUGGUGGGGAAAACAGGCAUUGAGAGGCUCAAGGCUUACAUUGUCAAAAUGCCUUGAUGCAAGCAUGGUGCUGGGAAACUCACACUUGUUUAUGAACCGCAACAACAAGCUUGCUGUUAUAGCCAGUCAUAUACAUGAAAGCCGUUUCCUGUAUCCUGGAAAGCGUUGGGCAGUUAUCGAUAUCUUUGGUGAGGCUGGAGAAACGAAUAUGCAUGGUAGCAAGGAUGGAAAGUAUGAGUUACUAACAACUAUAAAUGAAGCAGUUGCAGAGGAGAUGCAGAAUCUGAUAAUCAACAGGCUUCAGUGGAAACAGGCAGAAACAUUGCUGGCUGGAUCUCUUGCGAAAGCAUUAUGCUAUAUUCACAGGGUGAGCAAAACGAAAUCAACCGGCCAGGAAAUUAAAUCCAGGAUAUUGGUCAUAAAAACUGCUGAAGACAGUGCACUGCAGUAUAUGAAUUUUAUGAAUGUCAUCUUUGCGGCCCAGAAGCGGAAUAUUUUGAUUGACGCCUGUGUUUUGGAGUCUGAUUCAGGGCUCUUGCAGCAGGCUUGUGAUAUCACUGGGGGUAUUUAUUUGAAAGUCCCACACAAGCGAUCACUUCUGCAAUAUUUGUUGUGGGUCUUUCUCCCUGAUUGUGACCAACGAUCCCAACUCGUCCUCCCACCCCGUGUUCACGUGGACUACAGGGCAGCUUGCUUCUGCCACAGGAAUCUCAUUGAAGUUGGUUAUGUCUGCUCGGUGUGUUUGUCAAUAUUCUGCAACUUCAGUCCAAUUUGCACCACUUGCGAGACUGCCUUCAAGAUCUCAUUGCCAGCUGUCAUGAAAGCUAAGAAAAAGAAGCUGAAGUUAGCCAUAUAAGAGCAUCGCUCAUGCCCCGUUUCUUUCGAUGUGCAAUUUUCCAGCUGAGAUCAUAGCUGGGGUGCUCUUGUUACAUCCCGAAUAGAUUACUGCAACGCGCUCUACGUGGGGUUGCCUUUGAAGACUGUUCGGA